GUCAAGGCUGGCAAGAUCACCAGCAUGGAGCAGAUCUACCUGCACUCCCUGCCCGUGAAGGAGUACCAGAUUGUGGACUUCUUCCUCCCCAAGCUGAAGGAUGAGGUCAUGAAGAUCAAACCCGUCCAGAAGCAGACCCGUGCCGGUCAGCGUACCCGCUUCAAGGCCGUCGUUGUCAUCGGUGACUCCGAGGGUCACAUCGGUCUCGGUAUCAAGACCUCCAAGGAAGUCGCUACCGCUAUCCGUGCCGCCAUCACCAUCGCCAAGCUCAGCGUUCUCCCCGUCCGUAGAGGUUACUGGGGUACCAACCUUGGUGAGCCUCACUCUCUGCCCGUCAAGCAGAGCGCCAAGUGUGGUUCCGUCUCCGUCAGACUUAUCCCCGCUCCCCGUGGUACCGGUCUCGUUGCCUCCCCCGCUGUCAAGCGUCUGCUCCAGCUUGCCGGUGUCCAGGAUGCCUACACCUGCUCUUCCGGUUCCACCAAGACCCUCGAGAACACCCUCAAGGCUACUUUCCUUGCCGUCGUCAACACCUACGGCUUCCUCACCCCCAACCUCUGGAAGGAGACUAAGCUCAUCCGCAGCCCUCUGGAGGAGUUCGGUGAUGUCCUGCGUCAGGGCAAGAAGUACUAGGAUAGUGCUAUGAUGGGAAUAACCUUGCAUGAUUGUUUUUGAAUCGAACUAUUUUCCUACGGGUUUUCAAAAGUCUCUUCUGUUGUAGGAUCGGCAGUACCGGCAAAUCCUGACUUUUCGCGCUAUGCUACGCUAUAUACGGUAUUCAUGGAUGUAAUGAACACGGGAACAGUGAACAAGGAAAAACAACGUGAUGUCGAUCCAAGCUCUCUUUCGGCAAGCCGACGGUACUUGAAAGUGGGUGGCGGACGGGUUCCUGCAUUGCAAUGCCUGCACACGGUCCGGAUAUAGUAGGAUGGGCUAGGCCUUCAAUCAGGGAUCCCCGCGACGUAGUGCUCGAUUUGAUGAACAGUGGCUGCUCUCCAGA